AUGAAGCUUCAAGUCCUUCUUUUACAUCUCUCCAUUGGAGUUCUUGCCGGGCCAUGCAAGCCCUAUGGCCCUGUUUCUUCCAUACAACAACAUGACAGUGCUUCUAUACCUCCUGGAUUAACCCAGACGGCAUCUGUUCCUUUGUCCCUGGCUGAGCCUCCAAGCCCUACCCAUACAAACUCUGAUAUCUUUGCUUCUGGUGUAUCACCAAUCGGUGUUAGUCAAUCCGAUCUUGUCCCAUCGGCGUUAUUGUCGACUCUGAUCCAUCAUGGAGCCGAUGAAGAACUUAGCAGUCAGACUUCAGAGGGAUCUGAAAGUACAUCUGCUGUAGCUGAAGGUGGUGAUGCCGAUGGGGCUCAGGCGACGAUGAUCAACCCAACUAUCAUCCAUGGUACACUUGUUUCGAACACGGAUACGUUUCCGGCCGGAAGCAGGACCAGUGGUGAGACUCACGUCACUACUGGGCCCGAGUCUACUUCUGACAUCACAGAGUCUCUAGUAGCUUCACCCAGUGUGAGUCCUGUCGAAGCCUCCGACAUAGAGUCAAUCUCCCUGGUAGCGUCUCAAUCUGACUCUUCUGUUCCCUUUGCCACUUCCGAUCAAACACCAAUGUCGUCCGCAGUUUCAGAGCAAACUGCUCCCGUGGUGUCAGGGAUCGACUCAGACCUAUCUGGACUACCUACUGCCGCAGUUACCCCUAGCUCCAUUGAGACAACCGCAUCCUCUACACCUAUAGUCACGUCUGAACCAGACCUAUCCAGCCCUCCUGACUUACCCAUGACACCACCUACAUCUGACCCUGAGUCUUCUGUUACUACCGACACUGCUACGUCAGAUUUAGUUGUACCUUCCGGCAUCCCUUCUACUGCUAAUUCCGUUGCGCCUUCUUCUACUACUUCUGAUCAACAACCAGUUUCUCGUACUACUGAGUCUGAAGUCUCUGUACCGUCUACAGACCAGAAUGCACCUUCUGAUACAGCAAGACCAUCAGGGCUUGAGAGCUCUUUGCCUUCAACUACCCCCAACCCAGAUCUCCCCGCCACUACAAUCCCAAGUGCAGUAUCUGAUACUACUCCAACCCUUUCGGGUACUGUAGAGCCUGUUGAGAUCUCUACCCCAUCAGACUCUACCUUUCCUGCAGUCACACCUACAACCACUGCCGGGGUUGGCGGCGGACUUGUCGGCGGAGGCUUAGGGGGUAGCGGGGGUGGUACUGGUGGAGGUAAUACUGGCACGGGCGGUACUGGCGGAAUUGGUACUGGAGGAAGCGGUGGGGGCACUGGCGGUAAUGGCGAGCCUGAUCCAAAUGACGACAAGCAGUCUCUGACUCAAUCUCGUGCAUCGACUACAUUCGCUGCAUCAACCACCUCAGAAGCAUCGACAACAUCGGUGGAAGCAUGCCCUACAGGGCCCAGCUGUGCCUGCAAGCUUCCACCGGCCGAUUCAGAUGUGGUAGACGAUGAGGAGUCGGAGUUAUGGGCUAGAGACACCGACGGUGAAUUCUUGCAGAAACGUGGCAAUGCGAAGAAGGAUAUGCUGGGAUUACGCGCCGACGGCAAGACCGGACUUUGCCCAAUCAAGGGAUCUCUCAAGUUUCCAGGCUAUCUGAAGGGGCCUAGGCUUUUCACACGAGAUGAAAAGGGUACGCUCUCGGGCAUGGAGCUAGACAUCUCGCGAUGGUAUGUGUACGACGAAUGCAAGACUUCUUACAAGCGCGUCGAUGCCGCCACCUACCGCAGCAUGUAUGGGGAUAUGGAAAAGGCCGACGCGGCAAGCACUGAUCAUGUUUAUGAGAAAAGCUUUCUGAAGGACUUUUUCACGGUAAUUUUGAAUGAGGAGGUUAUCAGCGUCAAGGAUAACCCUGAUCUUGAACGCACGCAGAUCACUUGUGAGGAUCUGGAUUACUACGUCUGGGACGAAAAGAACAAUGCCAACCGUCUUCAGCCGGCAUUCGACGCUUACCCUUCUGACAAGAAGUGGCUUGGAGAUCUUAUCGGCAUGCAAGGCGCCCUUAAUGGUGGACCCAAGGCCGGGAUCACAACAACAUUUGGAGAAAAUUCGGUCAAGAAAUUGACUGACAAGAAGCUGGGUAACCCAGACUACUCAAGCUGGGAGGAGGUCACGAAAUCUUUAGACGGCCACCUCCUCCCAUACAUUGAAAAGAUUUAUUUGGGUGUCAAGCUCUUCAAUGAACCUGAAUUCAUUGCAGCGAUGAUUCGUCAAAACAAGCGAAUUUACAGUGCCUUCUUGGACCUUGACAAGAGCAUCAGUUGUUAUGAAGGUAUGGGCAAAUGGUCCUUUGCUGAGAAAUUCAAGACAUACAUGGAGCAACGGUUCUCCGGCCAGGAGGAACAUUCGAUCAACCGUUGGGCCAUUUACACGAAGGAUAACAUCAUCCCUCUCAUCCAGGUUUACUUGAACAACCUACCAUCAUACGACGAAGACGACGAGAGGAAGGCCGAGCAGGAAGCAAAGGUUGCGGAGUGGACGGACAGGUUCCAAAAGGCCAGGUCAGCAGGCUACACAAUUGACUUCUCCUGGGAUUGGACAACAGACGAGACGGCGCUUGUUCCGCGCGCGGAUGGGAUCUGUCAGCGUCCAACUUUAACAGGGUCGUCGACAACCUUCUCGACAUCUGCCAUCCCAACAACUACAUUCGAGAUGGAGACAACAACGGCACCUGUCAUAGCGACGACGACAACAACAACACCCGAGGCUACUACCACCACAACGGGGCCAAACCUAUGUUUAUUAAACUCUGCAUGCGAUAACGACUGCCAGAACGGUGAGGUGCCUACAUGUUUGCGUCAUGGGUUGUUCGGAACUUGCGGAUGCGCACCCGAGGUAACAACUACAUCUCAACCACCAACGACUACGGUACAACCAACAACAUCCAAUGCACCUGACCCUGAGCCAACCCUGGAUCCUGAGCCAGAACCAGAACCAACUCCCACCGCUGAUUGCGACUUCUGGGAUGACCUUACCCACUGGACCUUUGAGAUUAGCAACAUCAAGGAUUGGGCCGACGAUGGUGGUGACAGCCUCGAGCACGAAGAGAGAGGAUGUGGUGCCAUUGCGAAAUGGGACUGGAAGGAUGGAGAUACCCGAUCUGUCGUGUUCACGUUACCUUUCUUUAUGAAAGAAGGAUGUGUUGAACGUGCUAUUGUCUCAGCUGGCGGCCCUGAAUUGAGCUGUGAUGGACACUCACCCUGGGAUUCGCUGAGCUUGAUGGCUACGAAGGCUGCAAAGACUGCAAGUCAGUCUGGUGAUCUGACCUGGCAGAGACCUUCGUUCCCCGACCGAUUUGAAGAGGUCAGCAGGGAGGCUGAAGGCAAAUACGCUCCACUUACCAAGGGUCAGCACCCUAACUAUAUGCCUAUGAACUGGAAUCAUCAAAGUCCUACGAGAAGGUAG